AUGGGAGAUUCUGCCAAAGCCUCAUUAGCAGGCAAUGGGUCCACCCAAAGGACCAGACCUGAGAAGCCAGAUCAAGCAAGAUAUGAAGCAGACUUAGCAGCCGCUCAAAAGGAACAUAAUGCUAACAUGGAGAAAUUUAACGCUGCUAGAUCUCGCUUCGAUGGUGCAAGGGCUGGGAAAGGGUCACCUGCCAAUGACAAAUGGAAUGCACUGGUCGCCGAACAGAAAAAGAUCUCGGAACAACAGCGAGAAAUCAAAAAGUCGCGAUCUGCCCAACGAGACAAAUACAAUGCCGCCGAAGCCCAAUUGAAGUCUAUGAUUGCGGACCAGAAAGAUGCCAAAGGUCGGAUGGGUUUCAAGAGUGUGGGUGAGAUCGACGCAAAGAUCAGCGAUCUCACCAAGCAAGUGGACAGUGGCACCAUGAGAUUAGUGGAUGAGAAGAAAGCUCUCAAUGAGGUCUCUAGCCUUACCAGGCAACGGAAAGGCUUUUCUGGCAUUGAAGAAGCCGAGAAAAGGAUUACUGCCAAAAAGGCGGAGAACGCUGAGCUAAAGAAAGCCUUUGAUGACCCCGAAGCACGAGCGUUGGAUGAAAAGUAUGAGGCUAUCCGGAAGGAGCUUGAUGAAAUCAGCGCCGCUCGUGAUGAUGACCGAAAGAAUUUUACCUCACUGAAGGAGGAAAGGGACAGGCUACACCAAGAGCAGCAAAUGUCAUACCAGAAAAUCAAGGACAUUAAAGAUGCAUAUUUUCAGGGCAGGAAAGCCCACAAGGCCUACGAAGAUGAGCUUUACCAGCAACGAAGAGAACGGCAGAAGGCUGAAAGGGAUGCCUACGAGAAAGAGAGGAGAAAAAAGGUGGCUGAAGAGAAGCUUGAGCAGGCUAGCCAACCCGCAUACCUGGACGAGAUUAUUACGACCGAAGGCCUUAUACGAUAUUUCGAUCCCUCUUCAGCUGUGUCCGAUUCGAAAAAGGGGCCUGGCAAGUUUGCGGCUUCUGCCCAACGUUCGGUGGAUGACUCUGCCAUGAAAGGUAUGAAGGUUGUGAAGAAGGAUGAAGAAGAUUUCUUUGUCGGUGGCGGUGGGAAGAAGAAAGGCAAAGGUAAGAAGGCAGCACCUGAGGCCACAAAGUUCAACAUGAGCAUUGGUAUCAUCGAAGAAUUGGGCAAGGUGGGAGUAGAGCCACCAAGCAAUCAAUCAGAUGUUCCUGCUGUUGUUGAGAAAUUAAAGGAGAAAUUGGAAAGUUGGAAGAAGGAUCAGGAGACGCAGACUAAGCAGAACAUCGAGAAAGCACAGAAGGAGAUCGACCGUCUGGAGAGAGAAGCCGACGAAGCAGCAGCUUCAACCUCCUCGGAACCGAAAGCAGGCGGCAGACGUCGCGAUGCUAGCAAAAAGGUGUCCGCUGCAAACCAUGUUGUUGAUGGUGAGGUGUCGGCCGAGGCAGAGCUUGACCAAGAAAAGGAUGCAGCGGCCGAUGUCACAACAGAGAUGCAAAAGGCAGAGAUUGAGGACAAAAAGAAUGAUGCUGCUGUUGAAGCCCAGAGCUGA